AUGCUCCGUGAGCUACGAGAAGAAAACUCCCGUCUCAAGGAAGCCAUCAAGGCCCUGGUGGAUGUCUCCCAAAACGGUAAUUCGCCGGCUCUGCGCUCCGCGAUUCACAAAGCCGCCGCCGCGGCGGGUCUCGGUUCCCAAAUCUGUCCCGACAGCAUUGCGCCCUCGGAUACGACCAGUGCAGCUGCUGGUCCUUCCACUGGGUCACCAUGCGCUCUCGUAUCGGCUCGAGUGGAACAACAACGGGAACAGCCUACCGAACAGAUAGACUCCGUCACAUUGCAGUACCUCGGAUCGCAACAGUCCAGCUGCAUGACUUUCAGUCUAGACUGCGGCAUCCUUGGCUGGCCCAUCAGCCCCGGACGUAUAAUGGACCCUCCCCUGGACAUUGUGCCUUAUCUAGAGCCUAAUCAGCACGCUUUGUCUGCACAAAUCUACUGGUACUGCACCAAAUCAAGUCUCAGCCUUGUCUACCAGCUGGCCGGCCAGCAGCCCAGCAAACUUGCAUUCGUCGCUAAACACCAUCCUGUCUUUGUAGCUAUGUUGAGACAUGUCUCUACGUUUUGCAGUUAUAAUUACAUCCUUGCCCUCGCUGAGGCACGUCUUGAGUUCAAUCGCGUCGGCUACUGCAAGGCUGAUAAUCCAGCAGCAACGAGAGACUCGGGCCUUCUAUUACGGCAGCGCGUUGAGCAAGAGUAUAUUCAGGCAGGGCAGGACUUGACAGAGUGGUUGACUGCUACCAAAGUAGCACGGGUUAUUGAAGAGACCCUGCAAAGUCGGGAGCUUGGGAGGCUUGAAGCGGCUGUCCUAAAUGACGGCACCGAUGUAGCUGCAAGAAGGCUUUUAGAGGCCUUCAUUCACGAACUUUGGCUGAAUUCCACUUGUUUUGGAGAUGGGCCAAGAUGGAAGACAUCUUAUGUAAAAGAAAUGCUUGAGUGGCUAGCCCAGGCCUUAUCGUAUGAUAAUUCGCCUCCUACUCCAAGGACUCAGUACGCCUUGGUAUGCGAUUACGCCACAAUGAUAUUCUAA